UAUUGCAUCGGAUCAGUCUACAUCAUAAAGUGAGAUUUAAGACUACACAUUUGAAGCCACAUCACUUUCGCUGGAUGGUGUGUGGAAUUGGAAAGAUGGGAAAAUCAACCUAAUCCCUGACCACUUCCAUCAACACCAUGAAUCACUUGUACUGCACUGGGUGCCAAGACCAUUUUGGAAUUGACAGGAAGGUACCCAGGGUGCUGCCGUGUCUGCAUGGAAUCUGCGAUAGGUGUGAGGGAACAUCUGGGCAGAGUGUAGACUGCGGCAAAUGUAACCGAAAACGGUUUCAAAGGAACACUAUCAAGGAUGAUCCUGUUCGUAAGAAUGAGUUGAUGGUCACCUUGGCACGGAGAUGUCCAGACCGACUGUUGUGUACAAACAAGAAUGAUGGCAAACUGGCCUCAAUCUUCUGCUUGGAGUGCCUGCAUCUUCUCUGUGAGGAUUGUCAGAUGGCGCACAGUAAAGUGCAGACAACCACCAAACACAAAUGUCUGUCCAUCCGCGACCUCGGAAGAGUUGCAGUGUCAGAUUGGAACACAAAACUCCGCUGCGGAAAGCACCCUGAUUACCCACUGUUGUUCUUUUGCCAAGACCAGUUGGUAUGUCUCUACUGUGUGAGGAGAGGCCAGCAGCAGCACUCUUUGGAAGAUAUUGAAGAUGCUUUUGGAAAGGAGAGAAGCAACCUUCAAAUACUUUCCGAGCGGCUCGCUAGACGAAUUGCACAGACACAACGAUAUGGCCCUUAUGCUACCUCUAACCAGAAUCCGAAAAGGGAAAUUAGGGAUGCAUUUGCAAAGUUGAGAGCUGCAGUGAGGAGCCGACAGAUCGAAAUUUCGGAUUUUCUUCUCAAGAAAAGGGGUCGGAAAGGAGAAAUAACCUUCAAAUCGGAUAUUCCUCGAAAUCUUCCAGAUGGUGACCUGAACCUGUUGCACUAUCAGAUCCUGAAGAAUGGUCACCUCACCAGUGGCACUGGAAAGCUCCUGUUCCUUUCUCCCAACAUCCAGGAUCUCAUGAACAAGCUGUGGUACUUUGGACGUGUUAUAGACAUCAAGUCUGGCAAAGACGUCAAUAGUCCCUAUGCAGGUAGGAAUAUGAAGCCAAUAUGUGGCGAAAUGCAUCGAAAUUAUGAUCAGAUACCACCAGCAAAGUCUCCAUACCCUGAUCCGAGAAUGACAGAUGGCCAAGGACGCGGGAGAAACAGGGACAGAAAUCAGGGCUCUGAUCCAUCCAUAAAUCCCCACUACGUUGAACCUACGAUACAAGGAGGAAUGAAAAGGAAUGACCCGCGUCUGAGAGAAAAUGAUCCCUAUGGUCCAGCUGGGCCUCAAAGCACGGAAGGCAGACAAAGGCGUCUAUCAUACAGAGAUGAACCAUUUGUUGAAAACCCCUAUUAUUCGGAACCUCUGAUGAACGAUAGCUGGGGGCCACAGUCCAUGUCACCAGGUUGUGGAAGCAGGGAUUCGCUCCCUACCAGUUCAGCUUACAGAGACGACACAAUAAUGCCCCGGACACAAAGCCCACAGUACUCGGAAGCACCAAUAAGUGGUAGCCGUGAUAGAGCACCAAUGUCAUUGAGGGAUGAGGGUUGUGAUGCAGUGCCUGUCAGUCCACCUUACAAAGAGGAAUCAAUCCCUUCCAGGUCACCUUACAGAGAUGAGACAAUAGUGCCCCAGACACAAACGCCACAGUUCUCGGAAGCACCAGCAAGUCGUAGCAGUGAUGGAGCACCAUUGUCUUUGAGGGAUGGAACUCGUGAUGAAGUGCCUGUCAAGCCACCUUACAAAGAGGAACCAAUCCCUUCCAGGUCACCUUACAGAGAUGAGACAAUAGUGCCCCAGACACAAAGGCCACAGUACUCGGAAGCACCAGCAAGUGGUAGCAGUGAUGGAGCACCACUGUCUUUGAGGGAUGGCACUCGUGAUGCAGUGCCUGUCAAGCCACCUUACAAAGAGGAACCAAUAGUUCCUCUGACACAGGAGUCCCAGCACUCUCAACCACCGAUGAAUGACAACAGAGGUUCAACACCCCCAGACACAAACCUCCAAACUCCCCCUCAGAGUCUCUCCGGACAGUCUCCUACCCUGAGCCCUGAUGAGAAAGAGAACAUGUAUCCAGACACGCGUCCUGGCAACGUCCCCUCCGAAGAAGGCCCACACGACACAACAAGACCUUUCAGCCCUGUACCAUAUAAUGAAAGACCCCUGGAGUAUCAAUUCCCUUGGCAUGUACUACCACGAGACCCAUCUAUGCCUCAGCUACACAAAGGACACCAAGGAAAACCAAGAGACCCCACUUUAGACCCCACUAAACAAAUCCCAACAGUAGCUCCAGAGAACAGAGAGCAACCAGUGAAGGACGAGGUCAAUGCACCAUCCCAAUCAGAGCCAAUACCAGACCAACCUGACAACACAGCACAGCCUCCGGUUGAAGACACGACAAACCCUGAUAAAGAUGUUCCUAAAGAUGAACCAAUGGCUGGAACCAAGCCUGAUGAAGAUACCCGCAAAGACGAACCCUUGGCUACAAACAGGCCUGACAUAGAUACUCCUAAAGAGGAACCUUCAGACAACAACAAAAUCACAACAGUGGUGAUGUUGAUCAACAUGGUGACUGGCACUUGUACAGAAAUCGGGAGAAUUCAGGUGCUAGAUGACAAGCUUGUACCAAUAGAUGUUUCUCCAGGCGACAUUAUCGGUCAUCUGGAGUCUCCCUCAGGUGAUGUUCAAGAGUUAGAAAUUAUCCCUUCUCAGUACAAUGGCGUCCUGUCAAGAAUAAUAUGUUCCUCAGAGGAUAGAGGUAUUUAUAAUCUUCCUAUUGACUUCAAGGGACAGCGACUACCUGGAGGUAUGCAACUUGAGGCUUGUGGUCUGAUUGAUGUUUCCCGAGACGCAGUUAUAUUUGUCACUGAGAUGACAGACAUGAAGAUCACACACGACUAUAUAGUUCUAUGUCCCAACAUGGACGAUGCUGUUGACCGUCAGUUCAGCGACAGCGACACCGCCAACAUGUCAGCCCUUGCCCAGUCCGCCAGGGACAUGGGAGUCCGCAACUACAGAGGAUCAGUCUCGGGCUUCCCCAUAGACUUUGAAGGUUUCGCCUACAUGGAGAUAUGGAUAGAAGCCGUCUUGAGGAGGAAAGCUGAGGCCAGGACGAUCGUGUUUGAAGUCGGAUUGGCUUCGCGGGCGGUUAUUGACGCGACUCACAUCAUGGAGGGGCAGGUUCAGGCCUGGGGAAUAUCCAUCUCGUAUAGUCCAGAGCUGAAGACCCUUAGCAAGAGUGUGUGGGGAGGUGGGGAAAUCUUCGAUCACAGUCCUGUAAAGGGACACAAGAUUGCACAAACGAUGUCCUUCAAGUUUGGUAUCCUCUUGAACAGUCAGCUUCACAGGCUUGUGAUCUUUGACCUUGAGCGUGACGACUCGUUCUCUGUCGUCCCUAGAGUUGAUUUUGGAAUGUUUCUGCUUCCGGUCUGGGGUGCUUGUAACUAUGGCAACGCUGAUGUAAGCAUAAACUGUAUUUCCGGCGAUGUCUUGCAGCUGGGAAGACUUGAUACUCGACUCUUCCUGAAGGCGAUGAAGAUGUCGAUGUCAGAUGAAGUGAUGUGAUGUGAUGUGGUGUGAUUAACUCGCCUGUACUCUGUUCACUAUUAGUCGGAUUUAAAGCAGCGAUUGUAGAUGGGUGACGUUCAUUUGCAACUAAAGUUAUAUUUAAUAUUUUCGUAGGUCUUGUACGUUUUGUCAGUUAAUUUAAUAAUAGAUUAGCCACAACGGUCAUUGAUGGGGAAAAUAUUUUGGAAGUCGCGGAUUCGAAUUUGUAGAAAUGAAGAUUUAUUUUUAUUCCAUUUUGGGAUUAGAACUAGUUUAACUGAAGAUUCCAUUCUGUUACUACAAUAACAAUAACAUUUUAAUAGCUUAUCCCACCUACAUAGAGUAUAAUAGUGACCAAUUGAUCAGAGGAAUGAAUACAAAAUGACGACUUUGUCAUGUUAUGUGAGACGUUUUCGUAUGUUAUGGGGGCGGUCGGGUAGCCCAGUGGUUAAAGCGUUAGCUCGUCACGCCGAAGACCCAGGUUCGAUUCCCGACAUGUGUGAAGCCCAUUGCUGGUGUCCCCCGUCGUUAUAUUGCUGGAAUAUUCCUAAAAGCGGCGUAAAACCAUACUCACUCACUCACUCACUCACUCGUAUGUUAUGUUUCACGCUCGGUGAUAAGUAACCAGAUAUUUGUGUUGCUAUAUAUGUGUUGAGAAUAUUGUGGGCAUGUCUCCAUGGGGAAUACCAUACGAUGAACACCUCAUCUGAAAGGGUCGUAGGUACUUUUUCUUUGAAGGGUUCCACUUUAGUGAGAGGAAAUUUUGUUGUUUUCAAAUAGUAGGUGUUGUCAAACAUUAGUAGUUGGCAAUAUUUAGUUCAGUUUAUGUAAUAAUAUCAUGAAACAUGUAGUUUAUUUGCAUUGUCUGCAUUACUGGAGAUGUUACAUUUAUUUUAAAGUGUCGACUCUGAUUCUGUUUAA